AUGGCCACCCCCAGCCCGUACCAGUACCACGUCGACGACAUGAGCCUCUUCGCAAUCGACAAGGUGAUGGAGGUUACCUGCGAUGAGGCUCGCUGCGUGGACUGGUGCAUACAAGUGGGGCUCAUCGACAAGGCGAAGACAUGCCCGGCAUGCUCCUUGCCGAUGAGGCUCUCGCUUGUGCGCAAGCGGUGGCGGUGUUGCCGCCGAAAACAGCAUGCUGAAGGAAAAGAGAUUUCCCUGAGCAUGCUGACCAGCUCCUUUUUCACCGAGGCCAAGAUUAAGAUCUGCACCGCUGUUUGUUUGCUGGCGGCAUGGUGCAUGCGGCUUCCACAGGCCAACGCAGCCGAGCUGGCAGGGGUUAGUGAAGAUACCGUCCAGUACUGGUACGCGUGCUGCCGCUCUACCUGCUCAAAGGAGCUGCUCAAGUCCGAGUUUAAGAUAGGUGGUGCUGGCAAAAUUGUCGAGAUCGACGAGACAAGUCUCGCAAAAAAAAGCAGAAGUACCGCCGAGGGCGGCAUUACGAGGAGUUUUGGCUGUUUGGUGGCGUGGAACGGGGCACUGGCCGGUGGUUCGGACGGGUUGUGCCUGGGACGCAUACCUAAGUCUGUGAAAGAGGUGGGAAGCAGUUCACACUGA